AUGAGAACUCAUGGUUCUAUCUUUCUUCACUCUCUAACACAACGUCGUUCAACAUCACCUUCUUCCACCGUCUUCUUCAACUCCUUCGAUUCCGCGAUGUUGUUCCUCAUCUCCAUAGCUCCGCCUCCUGCCAUCUCUGAUUCACCAAACUCUCUUCUCCGUUCGCAAUUCCUCAACCUUCUUACUUUAAAUUUUAUUCGAUCUGCCACCAUGGCCACAUCGUUCAUCACUCUACCUAGUCUCUCGAUUUCGUCCGUCUCCCUCUCCUUGGUCAGCGACAUCGUCACCCCUCCGAUUUCGUUUCGGAUUCAACAUCUUUUCACUUCAAACAAAAGGACACGCACAACAGAAGGCGAUGAGAAAAAUACAAAUUCAAGAAUAUUACCUGCCGGAGAAAGUCCGACGCGUGUUCAAAGUGAAGAAUCAGUUGUUGUGAGAGUUAAAACAGAGGAUGCGUACGCGUGUGUUGAUGCUGAUGUUGGGGUUGCGAGAUGA